CGGAUAUAGUAACGUGUUCAAGAUGGCGAUUCUCACCUGAAAAUGAGUCAUAUAAAGUUUAUUUUGGACGGUUAUACAGAAAUUAUGAAGCCGUAUCAAGCAUGGAACAGCAAGAUGAGAAUAUAGGGUCUUCAGGGACGAGAUUGUUCACCGCUGGUCAGCUGACAUCGUUUGGAACCUGGUGUUGAAGUUUUGUUGUUUUGGAUGUGAGAACCCGGAACUGAUCACAGAAUGAGUAUGUUCAGCACAGAGGAGAUGGAGUUACUGACAGACUCCAAGUACCGAGCGUAUGUAGCUGCAGUCGAGAAGGCUCUCAAGAGCUUUGAGGUGUCGACAGAGUGGGCAGACCUGAUCUCAGCACUGGGGAAACUCAACAAGGUGCUGCAGGCAAAUAACAAAUACCACGUGGUGCCCAAACGACUGAUGAUUGCUAAGCGUCUGUCCCAGUGCAUGCACCCUGCCCUGCCCAGUGGGGUGCACCUUAAGGCAUUAGAGACGUACGACAUCAUCUUCACUAUCAGUGGUCAUCAGAAGUUAAAACAGGACCUCUUCAUAUACAGUGCAGGUUUGUUUCCCCUCCUGGCGAAUGCAGCCAUGUCAGUUCGACCGGCGUUGCUGAACAUCUACGAGCAGCACUACCUGCCCCUGGGCACGGCCCUCUGGCCCGGCCUGGUGGGCCUGCUGCAGGGCCUGCUCCCCGGGCUAGAGGAGGGCUCGGAGCACUACGACAGGACCAACCACCUGCUGGAACAGUUCAGCCUGGCCGUGGGGAAGACGGUGUUCUAUGAGGGACUGUGGGAGUGUGUGCUGACUAGCAGCAGUGUCAGGCUGCCUGCCAUCACCUUCCUGCUGUCUCAUGUCAACAGGACACAAUCUGUAGAGGACCAGCUCUACGUACUGGGCUCAGACAUUAACUUACUGGUGCAAUCCCUAUGCGCAGCUGUGCAGGACUACAGUGUGUUGGUACAGAGGUGUUUGUUGGACCUGCUGCUGCUGUGUUUCCCCUUCCACAACUCCCCCAUCACCAGACAGGACAUGGUGACAGUACUGGCCCAGGCUCUGGGAGUCAUGCUCAGGAGAGACAUGUCACUCAACAGGAGGCUCUACUCAUGGCUUCUUGGCACAGACAACUCUGUCCACAUGGGCAGCAGAUCCCUGAAGUGUGAGAACCCCAGUCAGUACUUCCUCACCUACUCUAAAGAACCCCUGGUGGAAAGUGUCAAAACCGUGUUGCAAAAGCAAUACAAUACCACAUCAAGCAAAGGAGAAGAGAGAAGUGACAUGUUACGCCCCCUGAGGAUCCUCAUCAGCCUGAUGGACAAACCUGAAAUUGGUCCUCAGAUUGUGACAGACGUCCUCAUGGAUGUGUUCGAGGGAAUUGUGGAGAGAUACGAGGAAACAAUACCAAGCCAAGAUACCAGUGAUGAUAGCAACAGCAAGAAAACAGCUUCAACAUCUACCAAACUGGCCAAGAACACCAAGGCCAACAUCGAGCUGAUUAAGACAGCUAACCUGCUGUUCAGUGCCUUUGAGCCGGCGUACCUGUGGGGCUAUAUCGGACACCUGUUUGGGGAGUGUUGUGUGAAGACUGCGGAGGGGAGGGUGGAGGGGGGGAGGACUUGCUCAUGGCUGGCCAGGCUGUUGGAGGUCCUACUGGAUAUCCUGUCAUUGGAAACCUACCUGGAAAUCCAGACCAUGCACCUGCCAGCUUUACUUGAUGACAUCAUCAAUGCGCUGACCCAGCAGGCUGACAGGUUGGCGCUGUCUGAGCUGUCUGCUGCCCUCCACCUCUGCUCCAAACUACUCAGUAAAGUCCUACCUUCACUAGGGUCCGAGUCACCGACCUCCAGCACACUGCCUUCUCCUAAGAAAGAUCCAAGUAGUGACUCACUUGCCAGCUCUGCUGCGGACACGCGGACCAUGUCAGGCUCCGCGGAGCACAGCAAGGCAACCACACCCAGCAUGGAGGACGCCACCAUGAGCCCCGACUCUGAAUGUACAACCGACGAAUACGAUGACGCUUUCACCGACUUUGUGCAAUAUAAUGGGAACGAUGGGAAACCAGAAGAGGGACAAGCAGAGGGAAAAGACUUCAGUGAUGGAAGAAAUUUUCAAGAGGACAACUUAAACAAAGACGCAGACACUUUAGGAACUGAUGAAAACCAAGAGGAGCUGUCACCAGUGAAGAUGUGUCUUCUCAACUUCCUGAAGCUUUUCUCAGAAUUCCUGUCAAGCAGGAUUAUCAAAAGUAAAGACAUCAUUGAGAAGAACAUGGAACAACUGUCCUGGGAAACACACGUGAAGAGAACUAACAUGUCUUCAGGUGGGAAGAUGCUGCUUUCAGAUACCGAACUGUCAGAGACACUGGGGUAUGGGAAUCCCUGUGGACGGUGUUAUGUUCCUGAACCUGUGCACCUGGUGGAAAAGAAGUAUGAUGCAGAGGAGCAGAAGGCCUUUUCCGCCUGCUGUUGUCUUCUCCUGGAGUUCUCUUCUUUCCCUACAUAUUGUUCAAGCGAGGAAACAGACGUUACACUGCCCCAACUGUCAACAGCAAAAGGAGGUCCUACUCUGGACAAACUGCCCAGCUGGCUGCAGGGUUUACUGGCCUGUUGUUGCUGUGUGAAAGACUUUGGUAUCCAGACUGUGGCCAUCUCCACAUGUCUGGAGCUCAUCAGUCUCUGCAAGUCUACCAUGUCUACUGACAAACACUUUGCAGAUGCCCUGCCACGUAGCCACCAGGCCCACAGACACAGUGAGGGCACAGUGACAGUGGUGGUCAUGUCAGCCUUACUGCCCAGUCAACUGGAGUACAUCAACACAAGAACUACACUGUAUCAUACUGUAGCAGCCAUCCUGUGGUCGUACCUGUCUGACACCAGUGCCUCUCAGCACCAGCUGAGUGUUGCCCUGCUGCAGCAGCUGCACAGUCUGGCACCUGCACCUGCCACCUGCCAGGACGUCAUCAGUACGGCCAUGUUAGAUAAGGACCCCAACAAGCAGAUCUCAGCUCUGAGGAAGUUCUGUGUAUUGUGGCACCUCAGUGGGAACAAACUGUCCAACUUGGUCAACAUGCCUGGGCCCUACAGGACAUUUGACAGAUGUAUGUUCCUGAUGUUGGACAACCUGUCUUCCAUUGAUAGUAUCCCACGAUCCCUUGCUCUGACCUGGCUGCUCCAUUCAGUCCAGAGGGGGGAGCUGACACGUAUCCUGGAGCCCCUCCUUCUCCUCCUCCUCCACCCCUCCACAGCCCGAGUGUCUCCCUACUACAAAGCCCAACAGAUUGCUCAAACCCCCUCUACCCCUCUGGAGAGGGAGGACACAGAAUCAGAUGCUGAGGAUCGCAUCCGUAGCAUCAGCUGUGUAGACGGGAACAUGUGCUUCCGAGUGGUCAGUCCCAACCAGGUUGUCGUGUACCCCACCCCUCAGCCUGUCGCAGCGUGCACGACUCUAACUACAACCGGAAAACAAGUGGUGACCACGAGCAAGGAGGGAGCGCCGCCACACCGGCCACCCGAGGUGUCGGUAACGGUCAACCCGUUAGGGUCACAGGCCUCCCUGGCCAGUGAGAGUUCUGUAGACGGCUCAGCACAUGACAAAAAAGUCGGUGUUAGCACCAUGAAGGACUUGACGGGGGAGGGGGGCCCUGAGGUGGUACAGAGUCUACUCGAAGACAUCCUGGAAACUGUCAUUCCCAAAAAGGAACCGGAGAGCAGGCAAUACUCCAACAGCAUGUCUCUGCCAAUGGGAGACCAGUCGGGGCAAAGUGGGGAGAGUUUGCUGACGGCAUUGCGAAACCGGAGCACGAGUUUUCCGGAGGACAUCCUGAGCUCGGUUGGCCGUACACUUACAGAGAAGAGAAAACCGCCCCCGUUACCUCCCAAACCAGCCUCCCUCAGGAUAGGAGCCAGGGCACAGGUGCCCAACCAGUUUGAGAACAAGACUGCAGCAGGGGAACAGGUGGAAGAGGCAAAGUCUGUGAAUGUUCACCCGCUGAACCAGCACAUGUUACUGUACAUCCAGGUGUAUGAACACCUGCAGGUGUUACAUGCCCUGACCACGCUCAAGUCCAUGCUGAGUGUUGCAGGUCGAGCUCUGAUCUGUGCCACUGUCACCACCAGCAUCCACAGUUCUGGUUCUUCCCUGCAGUCAGUGCUACAGGAACUUCUCAGUCGGCAUAGACAAUCUCUCCUAGGCCAGGACUUCUACCACACCAUCUCCUCGGAGCUGUCAGGUGCCUUCCGCAGCUGCAUGCACCUGGAGAUCCUGGUGUCUGUGUGUCUGUACUUCCUGCGCGGACACUACCCCAUCAUGUUGGAUGCCUCCAAGACCGACGUCCGGGGAAACGAAGACGUGCAAAUCGCGAGCGCGGAAGUGCUGACGGUGCUGUUGUCAGAGUUGGUGGGAGUAGUUGGAGAGAGUAGCCGAGGGUUCGCCACCUACAUCAGUGACCUGUUGUCCAGAUGUAAGGUGCAGAAGGCUGUGCUACACUGUCUGCUAGCAACAGUCUACAGUGCUGGGAAAGACUCAGCCCUUCUAUCAGACAGUGACACAGAUGACAUGACCAGGGAGACCAUCUCCAGGUGUACCUGGGAGCCCAGUGACCCUGGUUACCAGGCCCUGCAGAGACAGCUCCUCAAGCUGCUACUGGCCAUCAUUGUACUGGAGGAUAAGGUCUUCUCCCACAGGAGUAAGACAGACAGUGAAGACAGCAUGACAGAGUGGGACCGGCUGAGGAUCCAGUUUGAGCAGGGCGCCGUGUCGCUGCGCUACGUCAGCUGGGAGCCUGUGGCGGCCCAGGGCAUGUUCCUGGGCACCAUGCUGAGUGCCCUGAGGCAGCCCAAAGUCGGCAUGAUGCACCCUCACUGGGUGACGAUGUCUGUCUCUUCCCUGCCUUACCUUGGGAAGGCCUUGCCUCGAGUCAUAACUCCCAUCAUCACUCAGCUGUGUGUGAAUGUGGAGACUCUGGCCAAGGAGUAUUCACACAGCUUUUCUCAUCCCAAAUGGUCCAUGUGUCCUGACUUACUCGUCAGCAUUCUAGAGGGGCUCACCAUGAUCUUCCACUACUGCCUGAUGGAUAGUAUCGUGCCACCAUCAGGCAUCAGCUUCCAGCCUGCAGUGGGCACCCCUGGGUCCUCGCAGGACCACGGCAGCCCCACCCACAUCCUCCACAGUCUGAUGAGGAUGUUUGGGGUGGAUACAGAGGACAAGCUGCCCAGCCAUGGAGGAGAGGGGGAGAACCAGGUCAAACCCCUCCUGGAGGCACGACGUGCCGUCAUCAGCAUCCUUCCCCGGGUAGUGUCCACCCUCGCUACCGCCUGGGGCAUCCUCAAACAGGCCGAGUCCCAGGGGGAGGGCAGGGCGCAGAGGGCAGCACAACAACCCCCUCCCGCCUGGAUAAUGGGCUCUCCCAAAGUGCUGUGCCAACACAUCCUGGAGCUGCUGAGUCCCAUCUCCCUCCACCACGGGACAUCACUCAUGGCAGCCGUCGCCAUCGUGUGGAGGGACAGGAAGAGGAAGUCUCAUGGCAGGGAGAAGGUGCUGCCUGUUGCCAGUACUGAGCAGCUGGGGUUAGUGGACCUGGUCAGUGCCAUCAAAGUGGUCAGGAUGGACAACCUCAUCCACACUGUCACACAGGUAGUGAAGUCCCCUCCCCUGUCAGGGAAGGACAGGAAACAGCCCAUCCUAGAAGUCAGCAUGCUGCAGUUUCUCUAUGUGUUCCUCAUGAGGAUGGGUAAUGGCACAGUGAUGGCCUCCUGGACAUCUCUCCUGGCCUUACUGAGGGAGAGUCUGUCCCUGGACCUCCCCCCACCUGGAGUCUUCCUCCUGCUGGGCAUACUCAACCAGUUUGUACAGAAGUGCCCCAUGUUAGAGGAUAGGAGGGACAGGAGAGAUCUACAGGCUUUUGCUCAGAGGAAAGUUGUUGAAGAUGUCACACAGAAGCUGCUAGAAUCCUGCAGUACCAUUGCUGGCUCGUCAUUGGAGCAGACCACGUGGCUUCGCCGCAGCCUUACCGUGAUCCCCGGACCGCAGACGGAUCCGAACCUGUCCCAUUCUGACGUGGAGGACUCCCCCUCCACAUCUCCUCCCUCCAGCCCCCCUCCCACCCAGCCAGCCGUGCUCCCCAACAGUUCACACUACAGUGUGCACGCACUGUCACUUCUGGCUGAGCUGCUGGCUUCACUGCUAGACGUGAUGUUUGGUAGUGAAGAGAAGGAGCGAGCUCUUCCACUUCUCACAGCCAUCAUGGGCAACGUCACACCUUACCUCAGAUCACACAGUGUAGAGAACAUGGCCCGGUUCCGUGCCUGUUCGCGGCUGCUCAGCAGUCUGAGCGGGUACCAGUACACCCGCCGUGCCUGGAAACGGGAGGCCUUUGAGCUGCUCAUGGACCACAACUUCUUCCAGAUGGACGGUCAGUCCCUGUCCAGCUGGAAAUCUGUGGUGGACAAUCUGAUGACCCAUGACAAGACAACAUUUAGGGACUUGAUGGCCCGAGUGGCGGUGACUCAGAGUGGUUCCCUGAACCUGUUCAGUAGUCGUGAGCAGGAGCUGGAGCUGAGAGCCAUGCUGCUGAAGAGACUGGCCUUCACUAUCUUCUGUAGUGAGACUGACCAGUACCAGAGACAUCUGCCGGAGAUACAAGAGCGUGUAGCUGAGACCCUGCGGCUGCCCCCUGCACCCAUCCUACAGGAGCAGGUGUUCCUGCUGUUUAAAGUUCUGCUGCUGAGGAUCUCUGCCUCUCAUCUCACGGCCCUGUGGCCCACCAUCAUCACACAGCUGGUCCAGGUCUUCUUACACAUGGAGCAGGAGCUCAGCGCUGAUGCUGAGGUCUCCAGAACCCUGUCCCAGAGGAUGUCAGGUAUAGAUGGAGGCUGGGCAUAUGUGGAGGGGAAUGGUCUGUGUGUCAAUCCUACCUCCAACCCACACUGGCUCAGGGUUUUCCUAGCAGCCUGUAAACUACUGGACCUGGCCCUGGCCCUGCCAUCCGACCUGCUGCCACACUUCCAACUGUACCGUUGGGCCUUUGUGGGUGAGGCCGGUGUCUACAGUACCAAACACUCCCAGCGUCAGGAUAGGGCCGUGGAGGGGGAUGACUUCACACCACAUCUCGUCAGGCUUACAAGACUACUUCGAAGAAAGGUCCCAUCAGAAGAUGCUGACAGAGUUCUCCUGUGGGAGUAUGGCACUCCUCUUCUGAACGUAGCCAGGAUAUCAAGCUUGUUUGACCUGCUCCCCUUCUUCAAUACGGUGUGCUCAGCCCAGCUGUCCUGUGUUACCCUAGAGUCCAGCCCAAAACACUCUAGUCCAGCACGUGGCAACACACCCUCCGUAUCUGUGCCAACUCAGGCUGAGCUAGCGGUGGAGAGAGACUUUCUAGAACAACUACCUGGGGCAAAGAAGUAGCUAUAUGUUAUCUUGGAAGUUCAUCUGUGUUGGUAGAAGUCAUUAUGAAACGAUUUUGAACUGCAAUUUCCAACACAAGAAAUUGGAC